AUGCAGAAUGAUCCGAAGUAUAACAAAUUGUCCCUUGCAAAUCAUUCUCUAGCCCAGUUCCUGCGAUAUGUAUGCCUAAAUUCUGUGAGAGAACCAUCAUUAAAACCGGAAAAGCCAGUUUACAAAAAACUUUAUAACAGGAUGACAAACAGCGAGGGAAUGAGACCACCUGAGCAGGCUAAUGGAAGGCAACAAGGCGUGGCCUUUGUUCACCAGGAUGCAGAUGGGUUGAGGGGGCAGCAUAUUGCACAAGGGAGCUCACUGCUAGAAAAACCUGUGGCUCGACAAAGAGGCGGUUCCCAGCUGCAGUGUGGUGCCAGUGGGGUGCGGGUAGGUAAAGUGAGGCUUGCAGCAUUACUUAAUGGGCAAGAUUGGAUGGCUGGAAUCCAAGCCAGUAAGGAGAAAGCAAGGGUAUCUAGGAAAACAGCAGACCAGACACGGUCUGACUGUUCAAAAUGUGGCUCUACUGGUGAAGCAGAAAAUACAAGUUACUGUUACAAACUCUCCUUAAAAGUUGCAGAAUCAAGCAAAUUAUUUGUCAUUACUGUACUUAGAAGCUGCUUAGAUGCAUUUUUUGGUCUUACUGCCACUGAUUUGCACAGGUGCAUUCAGGAUUCCAAUAAAAUUCCAGAAACACUGGACAGUGAUACAACAGAGGACCUGUUAACCAAAGCAGUUGAAAUUUGCUUUGUUGGGCAAAGCUUUAUCUUUGGAGUGACAAACUUUGAAAACCAAUAUAGAUAUGGUUCAGAUUCCAGUAACUUCUUACAAAGGUGUCAUGACGUCAGAAGAGAACUCAGAGCACUAGUAGCUUGCCAGAUCAUUCUGCCAGACCCGCGCGUUUCAGGCUUCACUGUCAUUGACUCUUUCCAUCAGCUCUUGCAGACUUCUGAUUUGGGGACACUACACUGCCACUCUCAGGAACCUAGUAGCCAGUUCCUUUCUUUAGAUCACUCAAAUAGUGAUCUCAGCAGCAUACAUGAUUCCGAUAGUCCUUCCUAUUUUUUGGAGUCUCACAGUAGAGAUUGUUUCAGAUUCUGGCACCUACCACUUGAACUCACCUCCAUGGUUUCACAACUAACAGAUAAUGAUGAUGUUUCAUUUUCAGAAAAAAGCAUGGCCAUUAGUACUCUUCACCAAAACAGAAAGUACAUAUCCUUUUCAAAGGCCACUGGUUCCAAUGGCUGCAGUAAUUCCAUUCAGGAUUCCUGGGGCCUUGUUUCUUAUAUGGACAAAAAAAUGACAACAAAAAAGUUGGGUAAAGAACUUGGCUUACAAGCUAAUCGACUGAGUGUAAUUCAUAGCAGUCAUCAUGAAACUAGAAUUACUACAUCUAAUUUAUUGCCUUUGAAAAUACCUGAAGAGGUAGCCAACAGUUCUCAGGAUUUUGACCUUGUGGUUUGGGAUGAUCUUCCAUUAUCUGAAAGCCUGGACAACUUUCUGGCAAUUGUUGAAAGUGGGAUUGCUAAAACCCCAAGAGAUGACAGGAAUAAGAAACAUAAUAUAGAUAAUGACAUUGAUAAAUUUCCUGCAGACUACGGCACCAGGUUGUCUGUGUCUCCCUGGAGACCUACUGGAACACUAUGUACACCACCUAAUAAUCUAACACAAAGCUCUCCUGGUUAUGAAGGUAGCUACAAUGCUUCUGCUGAUCUCUUUGAUGAUAUUGCUAAAGAAACAAGCAUUUCAGAUUUGGAAUGUGAUCUUGAAGAUUGCCAAGACUUCGGUCCAUGUUCACAGUCAACUCCAGUUGCAGGAUUCCACCACACAAGAGCUCAUGGGAUAUGUGGAACUUUAAAAACAUUACCUGCAUUUUAUGCAAAUCUUAACACUAACUAUAAAAAAUUUUCUCCUGAAAAUCACAAAUAGCAAGCCACUCCAAGAUAUCCACAAAAUAUAAAAUUACCUAGCCAGAAAUCCAGAAGCCCUGUUACAUCUAGUACUACACAACCAGAGAUUUUCAACCACCGUACUGUUGCUGAGGGCUUUGAAACUGCUGCUCAUGAAUAGGUCUCCCCUAUCACAAUAAAAGUGUUUCAUUUAGAUAUGCUUGGAUUCCAAGUCAUAGGUUUAAGGAAAUACCUUGCUGCCCAUAAUUCCCCUGGCCAAAAAGAAGUACCGAGAAAGAAAUUGAAACAUAUCAAACAAAUAACUGAUAUACAUUUCAUUAAGAAGAAGUUUAAAAAUGUGUUUACAGCAAUAGUCACAAAACAGAAAACUCCUAAAUAUAACUGUAAAAGUUCAGUACUGGAGAUUCAGUCCAGGGACUCCAGCAAGGACUCUCAGACACUGUGUGCUGAAUCCUCUGAGUUACUCUCACAGAGAACUGAAGCCACCUCAUCUGACUCCGAAAGCCCUAAUGCUCAAGGUCUCACUAGCACACAUAACACACUCUCGUCGUAUACUCCAGGACUAGCGACUAAUUCUCUGCCGUAUGACUUCGUGGGAAAUGCUGCUGUCAUAUUUGUUACUUUGGGUUGA